UCUACACUACACAACACUACAGUUUCAACAAACCUCCGGGCCGGGCCUCCCUACUACUAGUCCCACGACCAUUGCUUUUCAAUCAGUCGUGCGUCACUGGGGUUGAUCCACUGCCGUUUUCCACUCCGACCAGACUAGACUAGACCGGACCACUACACUUGCUGUCUGAUGGGUUCAUUGUCUGGUCAACUUGUUUUACCUGCGAGUAAUGGUUACAAGAUAUGGGAGGAUCCUUCUUUCAUCAAAUGGAGGAAGAGAGAUGCUCAUGUCCCUCUGCGCAGCCAUGAAUCUGUCGAAGGAUCUCUGAGGUACUGGCAUGAGCGCAACAAAGUGGAUUUCUUGGUGUCGCAAACAGCUGUUUGGGAUGACGAUGCUGUUGCUAAAGCACUGGAUUGUGCUGCAUUUUGGGUCAAGGAUCUGCCUUUUGUUAGGUCUUUGUCUGGACAUUGGAAAUUCUUUCUGGCCUCCAGCCCUACUAGUGUUCCCUCUGAAUAUUAUAAUGGAUCUUUUCAAGAUUCUUCCUGGUCUACUAUACCAGUUCCCUCAAAUUGGCAGAUGCAUGGAUUUGACAAGCCAAUCUAUACAAAUGUUGUGUAUCCAUUUCCACUUAAUCCACCUAAAGUUCCUGAAGAAAAUCCCACUGGUUGCUACAGGACUUACUUUGAUAUUCCAAAAGAAUGGGAAGGUAGGAGGAUAUUUUUACAUUUUGAAGGAGUGGAUUCGGCUUUCUUUGCAUGGGUAAAUGGAUGCCCCACUGGAUAUAGCCAAGAUAGCAGAUUACCAGCUGAAUUUGAGAUCACUGACUUUUGUCGUCCAUGUGGAUCUGAAGAGAAGAAUUGUCUGGCUGUUCAGGUCAUGCGAUGGUCUGAUGGUUCUUAUCUUGAAGAUCAGGAUCACUGGUGGUUAUCUGGCAUCCAUCGUGAUGUUCUUCUUCUUUCUAAGCCUAAGGUCUUUAUUGCCGAUUAUUUUUUCAAAUCAAGCUUGGCUGAAGAUUUUUCAUAUGCAGAUAUUCAGGUUGAGGUAAAAAUUGACAACUCCGCAACGAAGAUGGACAACUCAACAACAGAACCUGGAAACUGGUUUAAGCCAUCUGAAGACAAGUUUACUGCAAGCUUCACCAUUGAAGCUGAAAUUUUUGACAACGGGAGUUUGUACACCAGCAAAGGACAUGGAAAUCUGCAAGCUAAAAGUGUGGCUUGUCUGAAAAUGACAAGUUGUGUGGAUUAUUAUCUUGGUUUUCUAGGAUAUCAUCUCAACGGGAAACUGGAGAUUCCCAAGCUGUGGAGUGCUGAGCAACCAAACCUUUAUACUCUUGUUGUCACGCUCAAAGAUACAUCAGGGAAUGUCGUUGAUUGCGAAUCAUGUCAAGUUGGAAUCCGACAAAUAUCAAAGGCCCCGAAGCAACUGCUUGUGAAUGGACAACCUGUGAUGAUAAGAGGAGUAAACAGGCACGAACACCAUCCGCGUCUUGGGAAAACAAACUUGGAGUCAUGCAUGGUUCAGGAUCUGGUUUUGAUGAAGCAAAGCAAUAUCAAUGCUGUCAGAAACAGCCAUUAUCCUCAACAUCCGCGGUGGUAUGAGCUUUGCGAUCUCUUUGGGGUUUAUAUGAUCGACGAAGCCAAUAUCGAAACACAUGGGUUUCACCUUUCUUCGCACCUAAAGCAUCCUACGGGAGAACCAGUUUGGGCAUCUUCCAUGUUGGACAGGGUAAUAGGAAUGGUUGAGAGGGACAAAAAUCAUGCAUCCAUCAUUUCUUGGUCUUUGGGAAAUGAAUCGAGCUAUGGGCCUAAUCAUUCUGCACUAGCUGGUUGGGUACGGGAAAAGGAUUCUACUAGAGUCUUGCACUAUGAAGGUGGUGGGGCGAGAACAUCUUCAACAGAUAUUGUUUGUCCCAUGUACAUGCGUGUUUGGGACAUGGUUAAGAUAGCAAAAGAUUCAUCUGAAUUGCGACCCCUAAUAUUGUGCGAGUAUUCACAUUCGAUGGGAAACAGUACUGGAAAUAUACAUGAAUACUGGGAAGCGAUUGAUAAUACGCACGGUCUACAGGGAGGCUUCAUCUGGGAUUGGGUUGAUCAGGCUUUAUUAAAGGAGGGUGGAGAUGGCUGCAAGCAUUGGGCAUAUGGAGGUGAUUUUGGGGAUACUCCGAAUGAUUUGAACUUUUGCCUCAACGGUCUUAUAUGGCCUGAUCGAACCCCUCAUCCCGCUCUACAUGAGGUGAAGUAUGUCUACCAGCCAAUCAAAGUUUCACUCGAGGAUGGGAUAUUCAAGAUUACAAAUACACACUUUUUUAGCACAACUGAAGGAUUAGAAUUCCACUGGGUGAUGCAUGGUGAUGGUAGCGCCGUGGGUUGUGGAGUUCUAAACCUGCCCACGAUAGCUCCUCAGAAAAGUCACGAUAUGGAAUGGGAUUCUGGCCCCUGGCAUCACCUAUGGGAUAAAUCAGAUGCAGCAGAAAUAUUUUUAACUGUAUCCGCACGGCUUUUAAGCUUGACGAGGUGGUCUGAAGCUGGACAUAUAGUUUCAUCCACACAAGUUCUGCUACCUAUGAAGACGGAAAUUGUUCAUCUUAUCUCAGAAGGCGAGCCUGAAUCGUUCUCUAUUGAAGAUCUUGACCUUGCUAUAAAAGUUAAGAACCAGAACCUGUGGGAGAUCAUAUUCAACAAAGAAACCGGAUCCAUCGAGAGCUGGAAGGUCGAUAAUGUCUUGGUGAUGAACAAAGGAGUUUUACCGUGUUUCUGGAGGGCGGCAAUAGACAACGACAAGGGGGGCGAGGAAAAAAGUUACCUUUCAAGAUGGAAAGCUGCGAAACUGCACACUUUGGCAUUCAACAGCGACAGUUGCAAGGUUCUAAACGCAACGGAUGAUAUGGUGCAAAUCGCAGUCGACUAUCUUGGCAUUCCGGAAGGCUUAGAAACAUCUCUUUUUGAAGUCAAAAUGCUCUACUCGAUUUAUGGUUCCGGCGAUGUCAUACUGGAUUGCCAUGUAAACCCGAACUCAGACUUGCCGCCUCUCCCUCGCGUGGGGAUUGAAUUUCAUGUCGACAAAUCCAUGGAUCAGGUCCAGUUCUAUGGAAGGGGACCCUUCGAAUGUUACCCCGAUCGCAAAGCUGCUGCACACGUCCGGACUUACGAGCAAGAUGUGGGAAGCAUGCAUGUUCCCUACAUUGCUCCCGGAGAAUGCGGAGGCAGGGCCGACGUCAGAUGGGUGACUCUACGAAACAAGGAUGGCUGCGGCAUCUUCGCCUCGGCGUACGGAGGAUCUCCGCCGAUGCAAAUGAAUGCAAGUCACUAUGGCACCGUAGAGCUUGAGAGGGCAACACACCAUCAAGAACUAGUAAUGGGACAAGACAUUGAGGUUCAUCUCGACCACAAGCACAUGGGAAUAGGCGGAGACGAUAGCUGGUCUCCAUGCGUGCACGAUAACUAUCUCAUUCCUCCGACACCGUACUUUUUCAGCGUCAGAUUCUCGCCGGCGCCGGCCGGCGUCUCCGGUCAUUCAAUUUACACCGAGCAGCUUCAGAAUAACUAGCUGAAUCGUUUAAUAGGCUGUUGAUUGUAUUCAAUAAGGUUUAACUUUACUAUAAACUCAUGAGCGCAUAUGGAGAAGACAAGACGAAGAUGUGGCCUUAUUUAUUUCCGUUGGAUAAGAGCCUUAUAUAUAUAUAUAUAUGUAUCUUCCAUCA